AUGUUUGCACAAUCAAUGCAGGCGGCAUUACUCCCUGUUAUCGCCAGAGAUUUUAACAUUACAAACAAUCCGGCAAAAAUGGAUUUAUUAAACUUCGCCGCGUCAAUCACUCCUCUCUUUUCUGCAGCCUGUAUUGUGGCGGCCGGGGCACUGGCGGAUCGUUUCGGCAGGAUGCGUUUUUCGUUUAUUGGUGUGGUAUUAAGCGUGGCAGGCUCUGCGAUUGUUGCGUUAGCUCCUGAUACAGCAAUAUUAAUUAUUGGACGCGGGCUACAGGGAAUUUCUGCCGCCUGUAUCAUGCCGUCAACCAUUGCUCUGAUGAAAACCUGGUUUGAAGGUAAAAAGCAGGCAACAGCAUUAACCUGGUGGUCCGUCGGUUCAUGGGGAGGCUCUGGUUUCUGCGUCAUACUGGCAGGUUUGAUAGAACCUGCUCUUGGCUGGAGAGCAAUUUUCUGGAUCAACGCUGGUGUGUCCAUUCUUGGUUUACUGUUAAUUCUCGGACCUCCGGAAUCAAAGGCACCAGUGAAUGACAAAAAAUUUGACACCUGUGGCACCACAAUAUUUAUUGCCUCACUGAUAUGCCUGGUACUGGCGGUAUCCAAAGGCCGAAGCUGGGGAUAUGGUGAUAUUAAGUUCCUCGCAACAACAGGUUUAUCAAUUGUUGGUUUAAUCAGUUUCUAUUUCGUUGAAAAAAGCUUACCUGUUAAAGGCAUUAUCCAGCUGGUAGAUUUUUCGUUGUUUAAAUCCCGUGGUUAUCUGGGCGCUACAUUAUCCAAUUUCCUGCUUAACGCAAUUGCCGGUGCGAUGGUGAUUGUUAAUACCUAUAUGCUGGAGGGGCGUGGCUUAAGUACCGGAGAUGUCGCCACCAUGACCAUUACCUAUGCAGCAGCAGUACUACUCCUGCUACCGGUGGGACAGAAAAUUCUGUUUAUCUUUGGAGGCCGACUCCCCAUGAUUGCUGGUACUGUUAUCACGUCUGUGGGUGUCAUGCUGAUGUCCAUGACCAGUAUUGAAGAUCUGAUGAUGUAUAAAAUGCUGGUGAUGGUCGGUUAUGCCAUGUUCGGCCUCGGACUGGGAAUUUAUGCCACACCAUCAACCUAUAUAGCAGUAUCCAGCGCACCGCAGGAAAAAGCCGCCGCGGCCGCCGGAAUUUACAAACUGGCCAGCUCUCUGGGGGGAGCCAUCGGGGUGGCACUGUCUCUGGCCGUUUACUCAGCGUUCAGAAAUAUUAAUACAGCCGGUGCUGCCGGACUGUGGCUGAAUGUUAGCUUCGGAUUACUGGCACUAUUAUCAAUUCUGUUCAUUAUUCCGGGUAAACAGGAUAAAACCGCCGUCUGA